AUGCAGGAGAACUAUGAGACGGUGACCUCGCUGGCACGCAGCGGAGACCUCCUCGCCGCCUCUGUGCGUGUCUGGGGCGUGGGGCUGCAGCACUCUGCAGGCUCCUACUGGCCGGCGGGCGAGCGCCAGGAGUUCAGCUGUGCUUCCCCAGGCCCAGGAAGAAGAGGAUUCCCCUUUCCCAAACCUGAGCUGAUCUCCCGGCUGGAACGAGGGGAAGAGCCGUGGGUGCCCGAUCUCCAGGACUGCAAGGAAAGAAGGCUUCUGAGAUGCACCCAUACAGGUGCUGAGCGAGGGAGUGAGAAUGAGGAGGGGAAUCAUCAUGAGGAAGUUCCCGGGGAAGUGCAACUGCAGGGGACCUUCGUGGGAAGAGGUGAAGGGACUUUUUCCCAGUGCCUGGAGCAGGAAGAAGAAGCCUGGGGAAACUGGCACAGGUCACAACUAGUUCGCCAUCAGGCAAUCCACACAGGAGCGAGACCCCACAAGUGCUUGGACUGUGGGAAAAGUUUCAUAAAAAAGUCAAACUUUGUUCAACAUCAGGCAGUCCACACAGGAGAGAAACCCCACAAGUGCUUGGACUGUGGGAAAAGUUACAUAGAGAGGUCACACCUAGUUCGUCAUCAGGCAAUCCACACAGGAGAAAGACCCCACAAGUGCUUGGACUGUGGGAAAAGUUUCAUAAGAAGCUCAGACCUUGUUCAACAUCAGGCAAUUCACACAGGAGAGAGACCCCACAAGUGCUUGGACUGUGGGAAAAGUUUCAUAAAAAGGUCAAACCUUGUUCAACAUCAGGCAAUUCACACAGGAGAAAGACCCCACAAGUGCUUGGACUGUGGGAAAAGUUUCAUAGACAAGUCACACCUAGUUCUUCAUCAGGCAAUCCACACAGGAGAAAGACCCCACAAGUGCUUGGACUGUGGGAAAAGUUUCAUAAGAAGCUCAGACCUUGUUCAACAUCAAGCAAUUCACACAGGAGAGAGACCCCACAAGUGCUUGGACUGUGGGAAAAGUUUCAUACAAAGGUCAAACCUUGUUAAACAUCAGGCAAUCCACACAGGGGAAAGACCCCACAAGUGCUUGGACUGUGGGAAAAGUUUCAUAAGAAAGUCAAACCUUGUUAAACAUCAGGCAAUUCACACAGGAGAAAGACCCCACAAGUGCUUGGACUGUGGGAAAAGUUUCAUAACAAGGUCAGAACUAGUUCGCCAUCAGGCAUUACACACAGGAGAGAGACCCCACAAGUGCUUGGACUGUGGGAAAAGUUUCAUACAAAGGUCACACCUUGUUCAACAUCAGGCAAUUCACACAGGAGAAAGACCCCACAAGUGCUUGGACUGUGGGAAAAGUUUCAUAACAAGGUCAGAACUAGUUCGCCAUCAGGCAAUCCACACAGGAGAGAGACCCCACAAGUGCUUGGACUGUGGGAGAAGUUUCAUAAGAAGGUCACUCCUUGUUUAUCAUCAGGCAAUCCACACAGGAGAGAGACCCCACAAGUGCUUGGACUGUGGGAAAAGUUUCAUACAGAGGGCACACCUUGUUCAACAUCAGGCAAUCCACACAGGAGAGAGACCUCACAAGUGCUUGGACUGUGGGAAAAGUUUCAUACAGAGGGCAAAACUAGUUCGUCAUCAGGCAAUUCACUCAGGAGAGAGACCCCACAAGUGCUUGGACUGUGGGAAAAGUUUCAUACAGAGGGCACACCUUGUUCAACAUCAGGCAAUCCACACAGGAGAGAGACCCCACAAGUGCUUGGACUAUGGGAAAGUUUCACAGUGAGGUCA